CUCCUCGCGCCGUGGGCCACCUGCCCACGAUCCGCCCGCCCGCAUCGCCUGCCGGGGCGGGGGCCCGGCCAUGAGCGCCCCCCUGGCCCUGCCGCCCUGCCUGCCAUGCCGGGACUGCUGCUGGCUGUCGCCGGGCAGCGCCCCCGCCGACCCGCCGCCCUGCCUCGAGAAGACGCCCAGCCACCCAGGUGACUCCCCGGCUUCCUCCAGCUCUGGCACGCUCAUACAAUACACCCCCGACUCUGCCACCAGCCCCACCGCGGAGCGUCCCUCUCCCCAUCCCUCCUUCCAGAAGGUCAAGCAGGAAGGUGAGGGGGUGGUAAAGAAGGCCAAGAGUCGCACAGCCUUCUCCCAGGAGCAGCUGCAAAUGUUGCACCAGCGGUUCCAGAGCCAGAAGUACCUGAGCCCCCAGCAGAUCCGGGAGCUGGCUGCUGCCCUGGGGCUCACCUACAAGCAGGUGAAAACAUGGUUUCAGAAUCAACGGAUGAAAUUCAAACGUUGCCAGAAGGAGAGCCAGUGGGUGGAAAAAGGGGUGUACCUACCUCAGAAUGGGUUUCAUCAGGCUGCAUACCUGGAUAUACCCCCCACAUUUCACCAGGGCUUCCCUGUCGGUGCCAGCAGAAACCUUCAGCAUGUGAUGACCAACAUGCACCAGGCUUACAGCAGCAGCCAGACUUAUGGGAAUGGGCAGAGCCUAUACUCAUUCAUGGCUGUGGAGGAUGAGGGGUUCUUCGGAAAAGGAGGGACGAGCUGCAAUACUCAGCAAGCCAUGGGUUUAUUAAGCCAGCAGAUGAACUUCUAUCAUAGCUGCCCUGCCAAUAUGGAUUAUGUCAGCUUGGAGUCAGAAGACACCUAUGGCUUUCAGAGCACCUCUGACAGUAUCGCACCAUUCACAAGCUCUCCUGUACGGCAUCAGUACCAGGCCCCUUGGCAUUCCCUAGGGACCCAGAGUGGUUAUGAGUCUUAGACUUGAAGUGGUUUAGUCUCCCUUAAGCUGUUUUGUCUCAUGGAGCUUCUAGGGUCUUGACUCAGGCAUCCAGUUCUUAUUCCUUUCUCUUGGCCCUCCUCCCCUACUCCUGUUUUAACCAUUGUUUAGGUUCAGCACCUGCCGCCUUGGGCUAGUUUUCAGUUUGAAGUUGUUUAUGCUCAUAGCUAACCCUUGCCCAAGGGUGUUUUAUGUGUGGAUAGAUUAAACUUCAUUAGUGGAAGGGAAUGUGCAAUGCCACAAUUGGGAGCAGCAGAGGUGGUGAAGGUAUAUUUUUGCUGUCCAAGUCUUGACUUCCUCUGCUGCCUCUUAAUAGCAGGUGAUCUCUGAUCCCUGCCUUGUGUGUCUUGCAGCAGAGCUUUGCUGGACGAGAAAAUCAUGCACUUCAGCAUGCCUGUUGUAGCCCAGAAUCUUUGCUGCUCUUUUGCGUAUUUCUGUUACUACCUCAGUCAGCCAAUUGCAGAUGGACUAUUCAACUUUGUCCUCUCUUCCCUCAUGGAAAAGCUGCACGAGAUCAUCUGAUUUCAGAUACUUGAUCCAGUUAUUCUCAGCAACUACUUCUGUGAGGGGUCAGCACCUGCCUCUGCUGAUUUACUGCCAUCCUGUGUACAACAGGGCAGUUAAGUGGAACGGGAGGAGCAGGGGAGCGAAAGUGGGAUAUUGCCUUUAUUGCACAUGGAAACUUUGGUAUCCAGAGCUGCUAACUUACCCCUGCUGGCUCAUUUGGGAUGGUGUUUCCGGGGCUGCCUCCACCCUUACCUUUCAACAUCUCUGCUGAGAGACUGUUGGCUUGUUCUAACCUGCAAAUGGCAGCAGAUGGGGUUAGCCCAGAGUGCCAGUGUUGGAAGAGGAAUGGCUGUGUGUAGUCGUUUUUGAAGUAGUGAGAACAGUCUGCAUAUUUGUAUGUGAUGGUCCCCCUAGCACUUCACAAACACUGCAUCGCUAAAAGUGCAGCUUUCUCUGGGGUAGGGGUGGGCAGUUAGGUAAAGGACUCUGUUAUUUUAAAGGUGAUGUUUAAUAUCACUUAUCCUGGAACCUGGAUGUUGAGGGUGGGGAAUCCUGUUGGAUCCUAGUGGAGUUCUCAUCCAAGGAGCUGGAGCAGAGUGGUUCACCACUGCUGUCUACUUCCACUUUUAAGAGUGUAACUUGGUAGGAUUUUUGGCCCUUCCCCAGGGCUUAGUUGGAUCUCUCAUAUUCUGCUGAGAAGGUCACUGGCUACCUCAUCUGACAUUAGUACUGAAGCUCUGGGAGAGGUGAGUUUAGAUAAAAUGGGGAAAAUACCAAUUAGAAUUUCCAGUUUCUUUUUUUUAAGAUUACUAUAAUUCUUUCCACUACGUAGGAACUUGAAGCCAGCUCCAACUGAUGUGAAACUGACUUUUUUACAAG